AUGAGGUCUGGCUGGUCCCCGGGCCCCGUGGUGCGCCGUGACCCCUGGGCACAGAGUGGGUGGGAUGCGCGGCCGCAGGAGCCCAGCAGGGGGCCCCAGGAGCCCCAGAUGAGGACUGACACCAGAGACGCACCACAAUCUGGGGCCUCAGGCUCUGAAGAUGUGGGGCCCAGGCUCUUGCUCAGGGACCUCUUUCUACCUGAGCUCCCAGACACGGGGGGUUUCUCUCCUCUGGCGUCGGACAUAUGCCGCACACAUAUGUCACUCCUGCUCCGGGCGCCGCUUCUACCUCCUGCUCCCAAGAGCCAAUCAGCAAUCACGGAAGCUGGGAGCGCUGGCGAGUCUGAAGACAUCCCGCUCAAACCGUGA